AGGAUAAGUUUCAUAGAUAAAUUUUGUUUGGAUGCGGUUAUCUUUCAUUCUACAUCAUGCUGACUUACUUGUUAUUAGCAGCUAGUAUAGCUCUCUUUUACUACUUUGCUAUAAAACCAAUGAGUUAUUGGAGAAGAAGAGGAGUUAUAUCAGAGGAUGGUUGUUGGCUUUUUGGAAGCCAAUUUAGAUUAAUUUUUAAAUUGGAGAGUGCCUACGAGAUGUUGCAACGAGUCUAUCAACUAGCUCCAAAUGCAAGGUAUAUAGGAAUGUAUGAACUUACAAACCCAAUUUUAAUGAUAAGAGAUCCACAGCUUCUAAAACAAAUCACUGUGAAAGAAUUUGACCAUUUUGCCAAUCAUAGACCCUUUAUACCUGAAGGAGCUGAUCCACUCUGGUCAAAUAAUCUGCUGUCACUUAAAGAUGAACGAUGGAAAGAAAUUAGAUCAGUACUUAGUCCUUCUUUCACUAGCAGCAAGAUGAAGAUGAUGUUCGACCUUAUGACUGAAUGCUCGAACAACCUUGUGCAGCAUUUCUCAAAACUAAAUAAAGAAAUCAUUGAAAUUAAAACAAAAGACGUAACUUCCAGAUUUGCCAAUGAUAUAAUUGCUUCCACAGCGUUCGGAGUCAGUACAGAUUCUUUAAACAAACCCAAUAACGAGUUUUACUCGAUGGCCGGCGAUCUUACCAAUGUUAGCACGUUAUGGAUGAAUUUGAAGUUUGUUGGGUUUCUGUUAGUGCCAAAAUUAUUAACGCUAUUAAACGUCAACUUUUUUUAUGGUCCUGCACGAAUAUUUUUUACUGAUAUUAUAGAAACUACCAUUAAAGAAAGAGAAGAACGGAACAUCAAACGACCAGAUAUGUUAAAUCUUCUACUCCAGGCUAAAAAAGGAAGUAAUGUAACCAUCACCAAUGGAGACAUAACUUCCCAUGCUCUUACUUUCUUCUUUGGUGGCUUCGACUCAGUUUCCAACACGAUGUGUUUCAUCGCUUACGAGUUAGCAACGAACCCAGAUGUUCAAAAGAGACUAAGAGAUGAAAUCAAUCAAGGAUUUAAGGAAAGCAAUGGAAAUUUGACAUAUGAUGUGCUGAUGAAGAUGAAAUAUUUCGACAUGGUUAUUUUAGAGUGUUUAAGAAAAUGGCCUAAUUUUCCGGAGACUGACAGAGAGUGCAGCAAAGAUUUUGUCAUCGAACCGGAAAGUCCAGAUGAGGAACCACUGACGAUCAAAAGUGGGACUUUCCUAUCAUUGCCGGUGAUGUGUUUGCACAAAGACCCCAAAUACUUCCCAGAUCCAGAACGCUUCGAUCCUGAGAGAUUCAGCGACGAGAACAAGGACAGAAUAGAUCCUUACACUUACUUUCCGUUUGGGCUAGGUCCCAGAAUUUGUAUUGGCUCGAGAUUCGCUACACUUGAGAUGAAGGUUUUGUUCGCUCGUUUGCUGCAUCAUUUUGAAAUUGUCCCCGUUGGGAAAACUAAAAUUCCCGUGCAGUUGAAAAAGGGCAGCUUUAAUCUUCAACCUUCUGACGGUAUGCCUUUAGGAUUGAAGCCAAUACAGAAGAUAAUGUGAGAAUGUUCUUGUAUGAAUUUUGAUGUUAUAUAUAUAUUUUUUUAAAUAAAAUAAAAAAACUUUUUUU